GCGGCCGGGGCGGUGCGCACAGGCUCACCCGCACCUGCUCCCUCCUUCUCCUCGCCCACCUGGCUGUGGGCUCGGCCGUCCCCACCGCGCUCGGCAGCAGCAGCCGCCACAGCAACAUGUUGCCCAGGGGAGCCUCGUCUAUGCCGCCGCCUCCCAACCCCGCUGCUUACUUCCCGCCCCCCCGGGUCACUUUGCCCUCCGGCCUGGAGAUCCUGCGCACCUACUCAGGAGCCGUCAUCUUCCUGGAGAUCCUGUUUGGAACAAUAGUCUGGAUUUUGGUAGCUUCUACCCACGUUCCACUUCCACUGCUGCAGGGAUGGGUGAUGUUUGUAGCUGUGACUGCAUGGUUCCUGUCCAUUGUGUUCCUGUGCCUGUUCCUCUUUGGUUAUGCAAAUAGAAUUGCUGUCAACUGGAACCAGAUGGAUUUUCUUUUCCAUGGGGCUACUUUUGUCUUUUAUUUUGGAGCUUUUCUACUACAAGCAGGAACUACAUCUCUGCAUCACUUUCCCCGCAGAUUCAAUUCCACCACACAUGAGAAGAUUUUAGCUGACCAUGAAUAUAAUAUAAGCAUAGCAGCUUCGAUUUUUGCCUUUGCAACAGCUGUUUGCUAUGGUUGCAGCACAGCCCUGGCAUUAAGGAGAUGGAGGCUAUAGCAGUUGAAGAGAGUUUAAUGCCUGAGUGUUCCACUUCAGAUCAAAUGACAUGCAACUUGUCUAUUUUACUGUAAUCUAAUUCCAAAAAGACUUUUUUUUUUUUUUUUAUAAAAUCUGUUUUAAAGUGCUGAAAUGCAAAUAACACCUGAUCAGGAUUUCCUUAUCAGAAAACAAGUUUCCAUUUCUUCCUUUUCUAAUUUUUACUUUUAUUGUGUACCCAUCAGAUGUAUACUCACUGUAUGGUAUUACAGAAUUCAGGUAUAAGUAGUUGUGUCAGUAGCUGGUAACAGAAUUCUAGUGCUAAAUCAGAAGAGAAUGAAAAUGGAAACUAAACCAACAUGCUAACUGCAUAGGCAGCUAAAAACCUCCCCCUUUGUUAAGUCCUGGGAUUGGGCCUGCAGUGUUUUGCAUCUUUACAGUGCAUUCCACACAGAGAGAGCCUUGGCACUUCUUCUAGAGAGGUGUUUUCUGUGUGCUGCUUCCACACAUGAUCAGAGGUCAAGAUGACUUUGUGGUACCAACUUAGUAUGUAUAUUAUUAACUUUAUGUACAGAGAAAAUAUUUUAAAUAUGCAUCCAGUGAAAUCUUUUGAUACUCUUUUAGAGACAUGUCUAUCUAUGGUCAUCUGAUCCUUAAGUUUCACUGUAUUCCUUAGUAGAUGGAAACUACAGUUUGGGACUGUCAGUCAGUAGUACAUUAGUUUUAGGAAUUUCACUCAAUCAGAUCUAUUUAUACUGCAAACCAAAACAGUGCAUUUGUGUUGUGUUUGUAUAUACAUGGUAUAUUUUUGUUUAACAGGAAAAUUUACACUGUUUUACCUUGCUGAGUAUAGCUUUCUUUUUGUUACUUCAACUGCUGCAUUUGUUACUUAUUAUGUGAGUCAAUAUCAUUUGAAUGGAAUGUUCCCAAGUGGUGAAUAAUGUCUGACCUCAAUUCUUGCAGUGUGCUAUUUGUUGCAUUCUAAGCCUGCAGUGUUGUAAAGGUGGUUUCAUUUUGGACAGAUGCCUAUGCAACAUCUUACUGAAAGCAGUGGAAUGCAAAGCCAUCCACCCACUACGGAGUUUGCUUUUGGCACAAAUUAAAUUUAAUUAAGCUCAAUGUGGUAUUAUAUAUAGAUGUGAUAUUAUAUAUAGAAAAUUCAUUUAAAAAAACUAAGCAGUAGCAUUGUGCUCUGCUCCCUACCACUUGUGCCAUUUUGCAGAAGGUGAAAUUUUUUUUUUUAAAUGCUAGUAAAUAAUUUUUGCUCUCGGGAAUAGUGCCAAAUUGAUAACCUAGGAGAAGAGAGGCUCCCUGUCAUUCUCAAAACAGCUUGCUCACCACAUCUUGCCACUGCACCUGAGUGUUCUGCAGAGACCAGCAGUGGCUGGGUAAGGAAAGACAGGACUUUCUUCAUUCCCAGGACUACUCAUUCUCCUUGAGCCAACAAGGGUGUCUGCUAUGAAGAUUACAUUCUCAAACUUGUCAACAAGGUACAAGGAUCUCUCAGAGCCAGCCACCCUCAGUAGUGCCCUGCAGUCCCUGCUGAGCCAGGACAGGUUCUUUUGGAUGGCAUAGCAGUGUGUAGCAGCCUUUCUGACUACAGGACCCAUUUGGUCAUCCUGAAUUACUGCGAUAGGAUGUUUUUGUAUAUCAUGCUUUCUGAAAGUUUUAUCUUCCAAAGAUUUUGUACCCUGGCUGAUUUAAAUUUUGCAUUGAAACUUGUUUUGUGAACAUUUUGUCUGGAGCCAUAUACGUUCGAGAUACUUCAUACUGUAUAAAAUACAUGUACACUGGAGUAUAUGGAUAAAAGUACAUAACAAAGACUUCUGCUAAGCAGCAUUAAAGUAACUUAAUAUGUU